AUGUCGCUUACGGACGACGAAAUAGGCGAAAUUAAGGACACUUUUUUGAUGUUCGAUAAGAAAGGGGACGAAAAGGUAGCUGUUGACGAGGUCGGUGACAUAAUGCGAUCUUGUGGGCUCAAUCCAGUAGGAGCAGAUAUCGAUAAGGUUGUGGAAGAGCUGGGCAAAGGGACUCAAGUCGACUUCGAGCAGUACCUUGGUUUCCACGAGGAAUGCGCUAAAAAGGGGGACUCCGGUACACUUGCCGCGUUUAUGGAAGCCUGGAAGUGUUUCGAUCACGAAGGAAAUGGUUUCGUGGGCAACGCAGAAAUUCGCCAUGUUUUGACAUCGAUGGCAGAUACCAUGACAGACGAGGACGUAGACGCGAUACUCGAAGGCAAAGAAGACGAGGAAGGCCUGAUAAAUUACGAAGAAUUUAGUAAAUUUAUCAUGUCUGGUUAA